AAGAGUCGACGGUGCCAAGGAAACACACAUGCGGGCAGGAGGGGACCCAGAUUUCCAGAUUGCAGGAGCGUCCUCCAUUCUUGAAAUUUGCGAUAAUGAAAAAAACACCACCCGUUAGGUUUGAAUCACUCGAUGUGUAAUGUCUCACGAGUUAUAAGCAAAGAGAGGGAAGGAGUUUAAAUCAUUUAAAAGGGAGGGACACCGCGCGCCGUCACAGGUUAGCUGUCGGAGGUGAGGGCGCCACUCAGCGGUAGCCAUGCCGCUAGUGAAGAGGAGCAUCGAGCCCAGGCACCUCUGCCGGGGGGCUGUGCCAGACGGGGUGACCAGUGAGCUGGAGUGUGUCACCAACAGCACCCUGGCUGCAAUCAUCAAACAGCUGGGCAGCCUGAGUCGGCACGCUGAGGACAUCUUUGGGGAGCUGUUCAAUGAGGCAAACAGCUUCUACAUGCGCAUGAACAGCCUGCAGGAGAGGGUGGACCUGCUGGCAGUCAAGGUCACACAGCUAGACUCAACCGUGGAAGAAGUGUCUCUACAGGAUAUCAACAUGAGGAAAGCCUUCAAGAGUUCCACCAUACAGGACCAGCAGGUGGUCUCCAGGAACUCUAUCCCCAACCCUGUGAUGGAGAUGUACCAUCGCUGUGACAAGCCCCCUCCCCUCAACAUCCUCACUCCCUACAGGGAUGACAAGAAGGAUGGACUCAAGUUCUACACAGACCCCUCCUACUUCUUCAACCUGUGGAAAGAGAAGAUGCUCCAGGCCACAGAGGACAAGAGGAAAGAGAAAAGAAGGCAGAAGACAAGCGGUCCGGCCCACUCAGACCAGGCUAGGCCCCCGACCAGACAGGCCCCCCAGAGAAGCCCCCUGUGCAUCUCAGAGCAGAAGCAGGUGGAGGACCCGACCCGGGAGGUGAAGAAGGUCCGGAAGGCGCGGAACCGGCGGCAGGAGUGGAACAUGAUGGCGUACGACAAGGAGUUCCGCCCGGACACGCGCUUCACGCCCUCGCCCUACCACGGCAUGUCCUCGGAGGGCUCCCUCUCGCCCGACAGCAGGUCAGUGGCGUCGGACGUGGCUGAGCACUCCUACCCGGCCAGCCCUAACCACCCCUCCCAGCAGGUCGCUGGCUCCAGCCCCUACUCCCCCGCCGAGGGCAAAGACCACCUCUCAGCCACCUCCCAAACGCAGUCCCUGGACCGCGCCUACCGCCCGCCCCCGCCCGCCGCCGGCCGCCAGGCCCACUCCCUGGGCCGCGCCCAGCCCCCCCACGUCCCCCCGCCCGCCGACCCCGCCCUCAACGGGCCCCGCCCGCAAGCCGUCAAAGACUACAGUGGUCAGCAGAUGCCGGAGUACUUUGUCCCUCCCGCCCCUCCCCCGCCCCCUCCCCUCAUCCCCUCCGCCCAGACAGCCUUCGACAGUCCCGCCGCCCCGCCCGCCCUCCCUCCCAGCGCAGUGGCCGCCAUGUCCCACCCCUACGGCCCCACCCCACCCCCUCCUGCCCCCCCUGCCUCAUACGUGCCCUCCCCCGCCCACCCCCCUGCCGGGGGCCCGCCCAUGGCCCCGCCCCCACCUCCGCCUGGCCCUCCCAUCCACGCCCUCUCCCCCGCCCACGCUGUGGCUCUGCCCUCUGGAGAGGCCCCGCCCAGAAAGGGGCAGGUCCCGCUGAUGCCCAUGAGCGACGCCCGCAGCGACCUGCUCGCCGCCAUUCGCAGAGGCAUCCAGCUGCGGAAGGUUCAGGAACAGCGCGAGCAGGAGGCCAAGAAGGAGCCGGUGGGGAACGACGUGGCCACCAUCCUGUCGCGACGCAUCGCGGUGGAGUACAGCGAGUCGGACGACGACUCGGAGCUGGACGAGAACGAGUGGUCAGACUGAGGGAGGGGGAGGCGGCCUGCGCGGGCGGGGCGGGGCGGGCCGCUUCUCACACACCGUCUCAACAGAGCCUGUCUCCACAGGGCCUGAGUCUGCCGCUGUCAUGUGACACUGUAACACCCAAUCACACUGCAGAGAGGAGGAGGGGGAGAGGAGGGGUAUGAAUACACACAUACACAUACACAUGCUUACACACGCACAUACUCACACACGCACACACACACACUAAUGCACCCACAUACACACACAUGCUCAUGCACACAAGUGCGCAUGCUCACACACAAAUUAUCACUCGCACAUGCACUCACACACAUGCACAUUCCCACACACACACACACACACACACACACACACACACACACCCAGAGCACAAAGUAGAGGCAGGAAUAUCACCACAACCGAGCUGGCCGGGGCAGGUUUAGAGCAGCAGGAGGACCAGUCGCAGUGCUGUAGCAGGAUCCGGCGGUGAACGCUGUACGUCUCCCUGUCUGCUCACCCCACCCACUGCCGGGGCUUUUUCUGGAGCUGUCGGAGCGAAGCAUCUGGUCCGCGGGCCACAGCGAGACGCUUCGCUCCGGAGCCCAGAACCCUCAGAACCGGGGUCCGCUAACGCACUGACGUCUGCUCGCCAUCUGUCGCCCCCCCCCUCCCCGGCUCCGGCGCUCCCUUCUGAAACGCGCCCUCGCGUUCCUCAUAAACACCAUCUGCGACAGAGUCCGUACCCGCGUCACCGCGAGGGCCCAUUCGGACACGGCCGCCGCCGGGUCCUCCCGGCCCGGCCCGGGCGAAGAAGCCAAGGUUCGGGGCGGAGGCAUCUCUGUUCAUCCAUCACCCCUAAAUCUCACUCAACAGUCACCUCCUCCGCACGGACGGCAGAAACAAAAACACGUUCGGGCCCUCUCCGGACCAUCCCCCUCAUAUUUCACUGGUGACUGUGCCGAGAUUAAGGGCCCAGAACGGCGAUGGUAUAUUUUGGGGAAUUCGAUUUCCGGAGUCGGCCUCGAGGCAAUGUGUGCGUGCGGGCGUGUGGGCGUGUGCGUGUGUGCCUGCGUGUGCGUGCGUACGUGUUUGUGUGUGUGUGUGUGUGUGUGUGUGUGUUAUACGGAAUGGAUACACUGUGAGAAUGAACAGAACUGCCUUUGCUUAUGAAGAUGUGUCAGAGUAACCUGUUCCUCCGGCUGCUUUAGAGGAUUCUCAGACUCACAUUUCAACAGGUGAUGCAAACACAGACACAGAACAACACAGAGGUGGACCCGCUGCUUUGCAGUCUGUACAGAUACUGUCUGUAUUAGAUACAGGAGUGAGUCUGCUCUUACCCGCACUCCUUCUCAAACACGUCCCUUCUACCUUCUCUGAGCCAAGCCGCCAACUGUGUGCGGUGCAUUUGUGAAAGCAUUUGAGUUUCUUUUUGCCCAGAAAAAAGUAAUAAUUACAUAUAAAAAAAAAAGAUAAGAUGAUAUCUAUAUCUAUAUACAUACAUGACUAUAGAAGUUUGCAUAUGAAGUAUAAAAACUAUUUGAGGAGUAGGUGUACUCAUUAGGACAAAACAGUGAGAAGUUGUUGUAUUUGCUUUUAUUGUUAUAUGCGAGGCAAAUGAUUUCUCCCUAUGGUAUUGUGUAAUCAGAGAUGAAGUUUCCCCUCUAGUGUCACUUUGUUUUCAUUUUUUAAGUGUAGUGGUUGAGUGUCAAUGCCCUAAUGAGUAUUAUCAUUAUUGUUUAGAGAAGGUGAAAAAAGCUCAUUGGACUGUUCGGUCUUUGAUCAUCGAUCAUGUCAGACUCAACCAUGUUAACUUAAAUUCUUCAUUUUUACUGCCUGCAUUUCCUAGAAGAGGAUACAUUUCCAUCAUGUGCCGUUGCGCACAGUAACUAAUAUGAUCAUUUUACAUAUAUAUUUAUGUAUUUAAACUGAGCCACCAGUCAAUAAUACUCACAUCCACACCAGACCUGGGUCAAAUAUUGAUUGGAGUUACUUUAACACCGUACACACCAGCAAGAUUCCUCUAGCUGGAAUACUGACAAUAAUAAAAGUAACAUGUGCUUUCACCAAUAUUCUGAACAAAAAGUUCUCUGAUUUUCAUACCUUUUGGUUGAUGUGAUAUCUUGAAAAAUACAGAAGUUUUAUUUAUUAAUUUUAUUUUUCAAAUUUUACUGGUAUCUAUUUCAAAUGUGUAUUUGACCCAGGUCUGCCCCAUACGCCUUUUUGUUUUUCUCAGCACUUACGAACAUUUAUUUUCUUUAUUUUAAGGGCUUGAGAUGGUUUAAGCAAGAGGAACACCAGUCCCGCGUUUCUUUUUGUUGUCAUCGUCGAAAUGUGCCAUGAGAUUAGCUGUGAGAAGCGACAGCACUUCUUUCGACACAGCACACAGAUUCCAUUUUAACAACCGGUGUAUGUGCAGCCUGCAGUAUACAAGUACUUCUCAUGUGUGUUAAAUAAACUGUUGCAGAGAUUUUGGUAACACUGCUUGUAAUGUCAACUUGGGUAUCUAGAUAACAAACAUCGCUGUAUCACAUGGGCAAUAUGUAGGCAAUUAUGCAUGUAUUAAUAGCUAAUAAAAUGGAACCAAAAAGUGUCAUAUUGAACUGUUAA